UUUUACUUAAUUAGAGAUGAAGUUUUUUUCAACACUUCUUCUGUGGAUGUUAAUCCACAGCAAUAUUAUUUUGGCAAAAGCAUCUAUUGAAAUUUCCGAUACCAUUAAUAAUAUUGUAUCAGGACUUGAUGAAGAAAUUUCUAAUGUAAUAUCAACACCUGAGAAUUUAUUAACACUGCCGAUAGAAAAUUUACUUGGCAUGGCCGAGACGACCACAUUUGAGUCCAUUAGUAUGUUAUGUGCUUUAAUGGUACAAACUAAUACCACCCAACCUUUCAUAACACCCGAUUUCAAUGCAAUGAGUUUUCGUUUGCAUACUGCUUGCAAUGAAACGAGUUUUCCUUUAAAUCAAGCCGAAGAUAUUUUGCAAAGUCCAGAUUUUGAUGUUAACAAAAAAUUGGCAAUAUUUGUUACCGGCUGGAUCUCAAGUUCUGAAGCGGAUUAUGUGUUCGAUAUGGCUAAUGCUUUUCUAUGUAGAGGAGAUUAUAAUUUCUUGGCGCUAAAUUCCUCCGAUUCUAUUCAAACUUUAUACACCUGGUCGGCCUAUAAUACCGAAGAAGUGGGACGUUAUGUUGCCAAGGCUUUGGAAAAACUAACUGUUGAAAUACCACCUGAAAAUGUACAUUUAAUUGGUCAUAGUCUAGGAGCCCAUAUUGUGGGCUAUGCUAGUCGUUAUUUUACCAAUUAUACUGGCUUAACUAUUUCACGCGUCACUGGUUUGGAUCCGGCCAAACCUUGUUUUGAUGGCGGUAAACGUUUAGGUGGAUUACAGCGUGGCGAUGCUAAAUUCGUCGAUAUUAUACACACAAAUCCCGGAGUUUUGGGUAAGGAAAAUCCCGUGGGUAAUGCUGAUUUCUAUGCCCAAGGUUUGGACCCUAUUAAGCCAGGUUGCAUAAUAUUUGGUUGUUCUCAUUUUCGUGCAUUUAAAUUUCUAACUGAAUCUGCUUACCCUGGUAAUGAGCAGAAUUUCAUGGGUAUUAGUUGCACUUCAUUGAUGGAUUUGGAGAGCGGUUUUUGUAAUGGUCAAGCAUAUCCAAUGGGUUUUGCUGUUCCUUUCAAUUUGACGGGUAAUUUCUUUUUGACCGUCAAUGCUGAACAACCUUUUGGGAAGAAUAAUGGCGGUCGACCUGCCGUGCCAAAUGAAUGUGAAAACUUGUGUAGUAAUUGA